AUGACGAGCAGUCAUAGUCCCAUAAUAUCAUAUAACCAACCGUCCUCAUAUUCAUCGUCAUCUUCACACUCAACCAACUCAAAUUCGCCCAGUUCCACGACUACCACCACUACCACUGCAUCGGGUCCACCUACACACAAGCCAGACGAUUAUGAGAGUCUUUUUAACAAGUUGGAUAUUCAGCACACUGGGGAAAUAACCCUAAGUGACUUUAAGAAGGCUAUUAAAUCUCUUAAUCAUCCUAUAAGCUCAAAUCCGGACUUAAUUCAAAAGAUUUUCAAUUCAUUUGAUUCAAAUCAUGAUAAAGUAAUUGAUUUCAAUGAUUUUAAAAUAUAUCUUUCAACUACUGAUGAUCAAAUUUUGAAAGGCUUCAAUGUAAUAGAUCAAGAUAAUGAUGGGAAAUUAAAUAAAGCAGAUUUUGUUCGAUAUUUAAAACAAUCACUUAAUUUAAAUCCCAGUGAAUUUAAUAUUGAUUUAUUCUUUAAACAAAUUGAUUAUAAAAAUGAUGGGUAUAUAACAUAUGAUGAGUUUCGACAAUUCUUAUUAUUGAUGCCAAGAUUACAUGGAUCUAGAAUCAAAACCGCUUUUAAUUUUAUUGUUGAAGAAUUUGAUAUAAGUUCCGAUGGUGAUGUUACAUUAAUCAAUCAAUUUUUAAAUGGAUUUGGAUUCUUUUUAGCUGGUGGGUUUUCGGGAGUAGUUUCGAGAACAUGUACUGCUCCAUUCGAUAGAAUUAAAGUGUUUUUAAUUGCCAGAACCGAUUUAUCAUCAACGAUUUUGCAUUCGAAGCAAGAAAUUGCAAGACAAAUUGCUUCAGGGGCAGAAUUACAUAUCAUUGAAGAAUUACGUAAAAAACUAGCCCAUGCUGAAUUACAAGUUGCCAAAGAAAAAGCAGCGGCUGCAGCAACAACGACUUUACGAGAAAAGACCAUUAGAUCUCCUAUUGUACAAGCAGCAAGAACUAUUUGGAUACAAGGUGGUUUUAGAGCAUUUUACGUGGGGAAUGGAUUAAAUGUUGUAAAAGUUUUCCCUGAAGCAGCCAUGAAAUUUGGUUCAUUUGAAGCAGCUAAAAGAUUCUUGGCUAGAAUUGAAGGAGUUGAUGAUGUAUCUAAAAUGUCUAAAUUAUCAACUUAUUUAGCGGGUGGAUUUGGUGGGGUUGUUGCUCAAUUUGCCGUAUAUCCAAUUGAUACUUUAAAGUUUAGAUUACAAUGUUCAAAUCUUGAUAGUUCACUUAAGGGGAAUGCAUUAUUAGUACAAACAGUUAAAGAUAUGUUUCAAGAAGGUGGGGCGAGAAUAUUUUAUCGAGGAAUACUUGUUGGAACUGGUGGGAUUUUCCCCUAUGCUGCAUUAGAUUUAGGAACAUUUACAACCCUUAAAAAUUGGUUAGUAAAACGUCAAAGUAGAAAAACUGGAAUUAAAGAAGAUGAUGUUAAAUUACCAAAUUAUAUGGUAUUAAGUUUAGGGGCAUUAUCAGGGACAUUUGGUGCAACUGUUGUUUAUCCAAUUAACUUAUUAAGAACUAGAUUACAAGCUCAAGGUACAUAUGCUCAUCCUUAUACCUACAAUGGAUUUUUUGAUGUUUUACAUAAAACUAUAGCAAGGGAAGGAUAUCCUGGUUUAUUUAAAGGUUUAGUUCCCAAUUUAGCCAAAGUUGCUCCAGCUGUUUCUAUUUCAUAUUUUAUGUAUGAAAAUUUAAAGAGUUUUUUUGGAUUAAAUAAUAAAGUGAAGAAUUGA